GAUUAACAGCUAUGGAAGUAGAAGAAUUGAAAGCGAUUUUAGAAUCUAAAGGCGGUAGCAUAAUGGAAGAAGAAGAAAUAAUUUACGAGGGCGAGGAAUCAGCUGUUGAAGAAAUCCAAGGUGAAGAUAUUGUAGAAAUAAUUGAAGAGAUUGAAGUUGUUGAACCUGAAGAGGAGGAGGAGGAAGAGGAAGUAGUCGAGGAGGAGCAGCCACAAGCUGUCUCGGUUACUGAGAGUAUUCAUGAUGACUCCUCGCAGAGUCAGGACAAAGUUAAUCAGACGACUGACAGUAGAUCUGCCGAUGAUAAUCAGAAUAAUUACUCUCAACAAAUAGUUACUUAUGACGCUGAUGAAGAUUGGACGCUUGAAGAGAGCGACCCGUUGGAAUUGAAGUCCAAUCAUUCAGCUAAAAACAAAGAAAAUUCUGACAAAGUUACUGUUAAUGGUAAUAAAGUCGUGAAUGCCAAAAGUGAAAAUGUUUAUCGGACUGUUAAGUACUCUAGUUCGGAGUAUGAGGAGGCUACAAUUAUUAGGGCUGAUGAAGAUCAUCAUGAAAUUGUUAAAAAUACUGAGAAUGACUUGGUUUAUACUGUACUGAGUGGAAAAAAAUCGGAUAAGUCUAAACAAGAAGAUCCUCGUUAUAUUAAAAUGGAAAGGUUGGAUGAAAAUAUUGCUGAAGAUGGAACAAUUUAUUAUGAAGACGGUGAAAUGGGAACUUUGUAUAUGACUGCGGCUGUUAAUGAUGGUGAACAAUAUCAAUAUGAAGAACAGGCUUUGGAGCAAGAUGACCAGGAACAAGGAGAACAGCAAGAACAAUGGGAUGGAACUAAUGAUGUUAUGGAAGAACAAGGAGAUGAAAAUCAGGACCAAAUAUAUCUUCAUGAGGAUGAAGAUGGCCAGCUUUAUUUCAAGGAUGAAAACGGAAUAAUGCAGCCAGUUUAUUUGACUGAAGACGGGAAUUAUGCUAUCGCAGAUACGUCUGAGGAUCCUCAAGAUAAUCAAGAGUUGAAACUUCAACAAAAAUCUGAUGAAUCAAUUUUGGGUGUUCAGGAAUUGGACACUAAUUCAUUGAGACAGGGAUCAUCGACAUCCAGCCCAACAAAUAAUGACGUUGACAACGAAGACAAUACCGUGACCAUAUCUUUAAUAAUAUCAGAAGAUGAAAACGGGCUGAAAAGAACUCAAGUUAUUAUUCCAACGCCAGAUGCAUUAAAGUGUGAAAUUUGUCAAAAGAGUUUUAAGACUCAAUUCCAAUUACUCCGUCACAACAGGUUAAAGCACGCUCGUGAGGAAGAUAUCACGACUCGUAAUUUCCCUUGCGACUUGUGCCCAAAAAGAUUUCCCGAUCAAAAUUCAUUAGCUAAGCAUCGUAAGACUCAUACAGGUGAUCGGCCAUUCCAGUGCUUGGAGUGUCAAGAUACAUUCCCAACUGCUCCAGCGUUACGUCGUCACAUGAGCUCUCACAAUCCAGAAUCAAAACCAUUGCCUUGUAUCUAUUGUGGUCGUCGUUUUCUCGACAAGCCAGCUCUUGAAAAACACGAAAAAUCUCACCUGGCUGCUGAGCAGCAGCGUGGUCAUGUCUGUGACAUCUGUAAUAAAACUUUCAUGACUCCAACUGAUUUAAUGGUUCACAAGAAAAAUCACGAUCCAGAUAAGAAAUUUGAUUGCGAAGUUUGUGGUCGAGAAUUCAAUCGACUUAAUAAUUUGCAGCGUCACAUGAUGGUUCAUCAACAACAGGUACGUGAAAAAGCUCCGCAACAGGGACAGAGUCAAGAAAUUUUAUCGUGUGACGUUUGUGGUAUAACUUAUAAAUUUAUGAGUUCACUGACCCGGCAUAUGGUGACAUCACACAUGAACCCAGAGAAAUUGCGACAACAAGCUGAAGAGCAACGACGAAAACGUGAAAAUAAUUACAAGCGUUAUCUGGAAAACCGUAAAAUGUACGAAACUCAGCAUGGUACUGGGUACGGAAAACGCAGUUACAGAAGUGCUAUGAGUAGUGAUCCUGAUGAUGAUUUCGCUUGA